AUGUUUCGAAUAGGGUUCGGUUUACGAACCAUUUGCCUUGUGCCUACUGUUAUUUUGUUUUGUCUUAUCUCGGCGAGCUCAGCAACAUGUUACUUUCCCAAUGGCGAAGUCGGGAGCGAUUAUAGACAGUGUCCAGGUGGUCUAUCGUGCUGCUUAAAAGGCGAAUCGUGUUUGUCAAAUGGAUUCUGCUUCGGAGCGAACCUUGGGAUUCUUUAUCGGGGGCUUUGCGCCGAUGAAACAUGGCCGAUUGCUCUAUGUCCACGGGCCUGCUAUGAAGAAAUUGAUGACGGAUGGGCGAAUCUAUUUCAGUGCAACACUUCCAAUACACUGUGGACAUGUAGCCAUGAGAUUUCGGCUCCAGUUGCCUGUCAAGAGAAAAACGCAUUGGGAACAUUUCAUUAUACAUCCGCCAAUGUGACAGCCGCGCAGAACGGCAUGCCAACUUCCGAAAAUACGACGAGCAGUGCGACAUCUUGUGAGACAGCGAACCGCACGGCCACGGUAAUACCCACGCUGGCCACCUCAGAUGCCAGCAGUACCUGCCCUUCAAUAGUGUCAUAUAACAAGACGCAACUGGCGGCCAUUGGUGCGGGAUUAGGCGCUGGUCUUGGAAUACCUUUGUUACUAGUGGGCGGACUGUUAUUAUAUUGCAGUCAAGCGAAGCGUCGACAGAAAGAGCAGCUGCAGUAUGGGUAUCCACAUCAGGCGCACAUGAGCGAAAAUUCGAGUCAGGAUAUGAAACGUCAGACAGGAAGCAAAUGGAAGCCUUCUGAGCUACAUAGCUCAUUUGCUGGCAAUGAGCUAGCGGGAUCAACGCAGGGCCGGUCGGAACUACCAGGUUCCUUUGGUAUGAUCUAA